GCAGCACAAAGGAGAAGAGAUGAGAAGCAUUCCAGAGAUAUCUCUAGGUUCCACAGUCCGAGGCAUUCCCUCCAUUGGAAUGGGGACGGCAGUGUAUCCCUUCACUGCUUCUGAAACCAUGAAGUCAGCGAUUCUCCAUGCAAUCAAACUCGGUUACAGGCACUUCGACUCAGCUGCUCUCUAUGAUUCAGAGCAGCCUCUUGGAGAAUCCAUCAAAGAAGCUCAAAGCCUGGGCUUAAUCAAAUCCAGAGAUGAACUUUUCAUCACUUCCAAGCUAUGGUGUACUGAUGUUCACCAUGACCGUGUCCUUCCAGCUCUCAAAAAGACUCUCCAGAAUCUUCAAUUGGAGUACCUUGAUCUCUACCUCAUCCAUUUACCUGCAAGUCUGAAGCCAGGGGAACAUGAAGUGCCCUUUAAUAAGGAAGACAUUCUCCCCAUGGAUAUCAAAUCUGUUUGGGAAUCAAUGGAGAAGUGUCAGCAGCUCGGCCUCACGAGAUUCAUCGGAGUCAGCAACUUCUCUUGCAAGAAGCUCCAAGAAUUACUUGCUGUCGCCAAGAUCCCUCCUGCUGUCAAUCAAGUGGAGAUGAACCCACUUUGGCAACAGAAGAAGCUGAGGAAAUUCUGCAAGGAAAACGGAAUACAUGUUACUGCUUACUCUCCCUUGGGUGCCAAAGGAACAAAUUGGGGCACUAACAGUGUUAUGGAGUGUGAGGUUCUGAAAGAGAUAGCAGAGGCAAGAGGAAAGACAAUCGCUCAGGUUUGCUUGAGAUGGGUGUACGAGCAAGGGGUGAGUGUAGUUGUGAAGAGCUUUAACAAGGAAAGGAUUAAAGAGAAUUUUGAGAUCGUUGAUUGGAUGCUAAGCCAAGAAGACUUGCAGAGGAUUGAUGGGAUUUUAUUACAACAAAAAGGGUUGACUGCUGUAGAAUUUAUCUCAGAAGAAGGCCCUUACAAGUCCCUUGAUGAGUUUUGGGAUGGGGAGAUAUAGGGAUGAUCAUGGCCUUGCAAUAUAUGCAUCUCUAAUGCAAUGUGCAAACAUAUUUUGAGUCUUGUAAUUUUCUGCUUGUUCCUUGGGAAAAUAACAACUUAGUCAAUUGACUCCCUCGCAAGAAGGGUCUUGUCAUAAUUUAGCCCAUUUUCAAUUUAUGGAUUUAGGCUGUGUUGUACCUCAUCCAUGAGUUCUUCAUGUCUGUUUGAAUAAAUCAAUAAAAUGGCAUAUGUGUGGGA